AUGGGACAAGAUCAGAGGAUAAUCUCAGACACAGAUAUUCUUGCAUGUUGUGGUGGAUUUUGUGGUUAUGGAUGUAAUGGAGGGUGGGCCCUCAGAGCCUAUCAGUAUGGAGUGAACUAUGGAGUAUGUACUGGUGGUGCAUACAAUGCAAAGAAUUGCUGCAAACCAUACCCGUUCGCUCCAGAUAGUCAAGACAAACAAACGCCAGUUUGUCGUGCGCAAUGUCAGUUUGGAUAUAACAUGGAUUAUUACAGCGACAAGAUUUACGCAAGUUCCGCAUAUUCGAUCAUUGCGAACGAAGAUGCGAUUCGAAAGGAAAUCUUCACGAAUGGAUCCGUUACAGCAGGGUUCGACGUUUACAGCGAUUUCCGUCUUUACAAGAGUGGAGUAUACGUACACACAUGGGGAAAGUAUGAAGGAGGUCAUGCUAUCAGACUCAUAGGAUGGGGUGUAGAGAAUGGUGUGAAAUACUGGCUCGUUGCGAACUCCUGGAGCACUGCCUGGGGAGAAGACGGCCUCUUCAAGAUACGCCGAGGAACCAACGAAUGCAAUAUUGAAAACAAAAAUGUUGACGCAGUUAUUAUGAAUGCUUAA